GUUUAAAAUGCAUUGAGCAAAGCCCCUCAAAGACCGGUUCAGAGCUGGGAACAAUUUUCACCUGCACAUCGGGGAGGCCCAUUAAGCUACGUAAGAACUGCAAACGGAGAGACCCUCCAUCGAACUCCAGAUCUCAAACAGUCCAACUGCGAUCAUGUCUUCGACUAUGUUUAUCAACCUGGUACGCUGCGGUCGGUCUCCGUUCGGACGCCACACUGCCUUUCUGACCGCACGGCCCCCCUUGUCCCCCCCAGCCUCCCCCUUGUCCCCCCCAGCCUCCCCCAGUGCGGUCCAGGUCCGGUGGAAGUGUACUGCUCGGUUUGUCUCUGACGCUAGCGGUCGACCGACCACCUGGGACUCCUUUGGGACCUGGGACAAUAGGAUAGAGGAGCCCAUUCUGCUGUCUCCUAGGAAUCCCAUCCCACAGGUGAGUUUGUCCCAUGUGGGCACUGCGUCUCUGCUGGGUCUUCGGAGGGAGAAUGAAGACAGGUUACAGGUGGUUCGACUCAGUGACAGCAUCCUGUACUUGGCUGUGUUCGAUGGACACGGAGGACCACACGCCUCAGAAUACUGUCACACCUACAUGGAGAAAUACAUUAGAGAGGCCCUACAGCAGGAGGAUGACCUGGAGAAGGCUCUGACCCAAGCCUUUCUGGAGGUGGACAAAGCCCUAUACAGACACCUGUCUUACUUUGGCAAUGCUUCCUUCCUGACUGCGGGGACCACGGCGACUGUUGCCAUUUUACGAGACGGUGUGGAGUUGGUGGUUGCUAGCGUGGGGGACAGCAGAGCAUUGCUAUGCAGGAAGGGGCGGGCCAAGAAACUCACAAUUGACCACACCCCUGACCGGAAGGACGAGAGACAGAGGAUAAAGCUGAGUGGAGGGUUUGUAAGGUGGAAUAGUCUUGGUCAGGCUAACGUUAAUGGGAGGUUAGCGAUGACACGCAGCAUCGGAGACUUUCACCUCAAGAACACUGGAGUCAUUGCCCUGCCAGAGACACAACGGAUCAACCUGCAACACCACCAAGACACCUUCCUGGCUCUGACGACAGACGGGAUCAACUUCAUCAUGAACGACCAGGAGAUCUGUGAUGUCAUCAACCAGUGCCAUGACCCCACAGAGGCAGCAAACGCAAUUGCACAACAGGCUCUGCAGUAUGGUUCAGAGGAUAACAGUACGAUCGUAGUGCUUCCGUUUGGAGCCUGGGGUAAACAGGAGAUCAGUCUGUCUGGCUACUCCAUGAGCAGAAACCUGGCUUCAAGUGGCCGUUGGUCCUGAGAGAGAGAUACUGGACACACCCACUCAUAGACACACCCACUCAUGGACACACCCACUCAUGGACACACACACUCAUGGACACACCCACUCAUGGACACACACACUCAUGGACACACCCACUCAUGGACACACCCACUCAUAGACACACACACUCAUGGACACACCCACUCAUGGACACACACUCAUGGACACACCCACUCAUGGACACACCCACUCAUAGACACACACACUCAUGGACACACCCACUCAUGGACACACACACUCAUAGACACACACACUCAUAGACACACCCACUCAUAGACACACACACUCAUAGACACACCCACUCAUAGACACACCCACUCAUAGACACACCCACUCAUAGACACACCCACUCAUAGACACACACACUCAUGGACACACCCACUCAUAGACACACACACUCAUAGACACACACACUCAUAGACACACCCACUCAUAGACACAACCACUCAUGGACACACACACUCAUAGACACACACACUCAUGGACACACCCACUCAUGGACACACACACUCAUAGACACACCCACUCAUAGACACACACACUCAUGGACACACCCACUCAUAGACACACACACUCAUAGACACACACACUCAUGGACACACCCACUCAUGGACACACACACCCAUGGACACAACCACUCAUGGACACACACACCCAUGGACACACCCACCCAUGGACCCACCCACCCAUGGACACACACACCCAUGGACACACCCACUCAUGGACACACCCACCCAUGGACACACACACUCAUGGACACACACACUUAGGAUACACGGACAACACACACACACACACACACACACACACACACACACACACACACACACACACACACACACACACACACACACACACACACACACACAUAUACGCACACAGAGAACGUUAUUAGGUUAAUAUUAAGUAUUUAGAUCUAGUGUUAUAGCCAAUAAGCGGCCAUUUGAUCAUGUAUGCUUGUUUAAUGUACGUAUUGUAUAUAAUGAAAUGUUACGUUUUGGUUUCA